UUUCGUCUCUAUCGCGAUUGCGACAUUAUUAAAAACCGAAACCGUGAUAAGUUUUGUUAUUAAAUUUAUUGCAUGUAUUUUUGAUGGUGACUAAUUUAUCUGUUUUUAAAAUAGGUUCGCUUAUUUAAUGUAUUAAAAUAGCAAAUUAAAAUAGGUUAUCAUGCCUAACAACAAUGUGUCUGGAAGUGUUCGUUUUGCAAAUUCUAACUUUCAAGUGGUUCAGAACAGUGGAUCUACUUUACCUGUUGAUUAUUCUUAUGAAGAAGAAAGAAUAAAGUCCUUCGUGCCUUGGCCUGUACAUUAUCCCGUUGAUCCAUUACGCUUAUCAAAAGCAGGGUUUUAUUAUGCUGGUAAUGAAGAUGAAGUUAUUUGUUUCAGCUGUCAUGGUCAUAUCAAAGAUUGGAAUUAUGGAGAUAUUGUACAAAAAAAGCAUUCAACGUUAUUUCCUAAUUGCGAUUUUGUCAAUGGAAGGUCAAGAAAUGUUCCUAUAGUUAACAAAAAAAAUCAAAAGCAAGGCAGUCCUGACUCUAAACAAAAAGCUCCAACUUCUGAAAGUACAAAAUAUUUAGCUGAAAUCAUGAAAAACAUUAAUUAUAAUAAAAUGAAAACACUUGAUGAUCGAUUAAAAUCAUUUGAAAAACAGUGGCCACUUAACAAUAUCGAUAUUUCAAAACUUGCUGCUGCUGGUUUUUUUUAUCUUGGUGUGGAAGAUAAGGUGCAAUGUCCAUUUUGUAAAGGCAUAGUUAGUAACUGGGAAUCUAAAGAUGAUCCUUUUGAGGAGCAUAAGAAACAUUUUCCUUGGUGUGAUUAUUUGUCAGAUGAAAAUCACACAAUUGAGAAGUUGCCUUGGUUUCAUUCUAAAUCUGAAGAUUUGUGUGGAAAUAUGCAAAAACAUGUACUUGAACAAGCAUCAGUAAAAUCAAAACUUUUAGAUCAAGAUCAAGAACAUUUAAAUUUAGAGCAACUUGGCAUACAUUUAUAUAGCAGUCCUGCUCAUCCACAACAAGCAAGUCUGAGUGCACGCUUACGCUCCUUUACAGCCUGGCCCAAAACAGCUCCUGUGUCCAAAGAGGACUUGGCAAAUGCAGGAUUUUUUUACAUAGGUAUUGGGGAUCAUACUAAGUGCUUUCACUGUAAUGGAGGUUUGUGUAAUUGGGAAGUUGGAGAUGAUCCUUGGGUAGAACAUGCAAAAUGGUUUUGUAACUGUCACUUCUUAAGGCUGAACAAAGGAGAUGAAUUUGUUGAAGAAGUUUUGAAAACUAAUGUUCCUGAAAAUAUGCUGGAAAAGAAAGCUGAAGAUGUAUCCAAAUUUUUUUGUUCUGAUACUUUAUUGGCCAAAGUCGAUGAAGCAAUGGCCUCUAGUGCUGUGAAAUAUGUUCUUGAUUCUGGUUUAUUUCCCCAUUAUAUUGUCCGAGUUGCUGUAUUAAGACAAAUAGAAGAAACUGGCUCUAGUUUCUCUGAUUUAAAUGAUCUAUGUUCUGCAGUUUCAUGCUUGAAAGAUGAAAUGGAAAAACUUCCUGUAGAUAGGGAGAAAUCUGCUGAAAGUCUCAAUUUAAAUGAACUUGAUAUCAGAAAGUGUACGAUCAGUGAGAUGAACCAAGAGCAAAGUUCUGCUGCUGAAGGUCAUUCACAAGGCUCACUUCAGGGAAUUCAUGAAUCAGCUGACUGUAGUAGUACGAAAACUAAACUAGUCCCCCAAAAAUGUGCAGACAAGAGUGAAACUUCUGGAGACCACUGUUUGUGUAAAAUAUGUAUGGAUAAAGAAGUCGGUGUAGUUUUCCUUCCUUGUGGUCAUCUUCUUGCCUGUACAGAGUGUGCAGGAGCUAUGGAACUUUGUCCUAUGUGCCGGAAGCCCAUUCAAGCAACUAUCAGAGCAUAUCUUCCAUAGCUUUAUAAAAUGUGAUUAUAUAGCUGUAUAAACACUAUUUCAUUAUGUAGCUUUUUCAUUAUGUAGCUUUUUCAUUAUGUAGCUAUUUCAUUAUGUAGCUAUUUCAUUAUGUAGUCAUUUUAUUGUGUAGCUAUUGCAUUGUAUAGCUAAGCUUUAUAAAGAAAUAAAUAUUUUGUGAUCUGUG